UAUGUAUAAACGCUCCUCACCAAUUUUCAACAGCAGUGUACCAGUCGACGACUACGCUCCGAACGGUUACGAUGUAUUCCACAAAAAUGGCGCUUCAGAGUUUCAUCUUUUUAUCAAUGCUUAUUAUAUAUUCUAUUGAUCAAGUAUCUGCACUAAAUUGUUACAUUUGUGCUUCUGAUUCUGAUGGCGAAUGUUACAAGAAUCCGAAACAAGAUCGAUUUAUAAUGGAUUGCGUAAAUACGCAAAGUGUCUCUGAAUUUUCAAAUAAUUUUUUAGCAGGAGUCGGAGGCAAUGUUCAGUCUAUUAUCGCAGAUUAUACACGCUCACGUCAAUUGAAUAUCUUCGAUCAUACAUGUUUGACCAUUAUUGGAGACUUGGCCGGUAAAAGAUCUGUAGUAAGAGCUUGCUCUCCUAAAUUCAUGAAGUGUCGAGAAUGGGAAGGAAAGUUCGGCAGUCUGCAAAUUGAAUCUUGUGAUCAGUGUGAAUCUGACUAUUGCAACUCUUCUCAUCAUCUGAGCGUUGGAUUUUUAAGUUUAAUUGGAUCUCUGCUAGCUAUCUUGUGUACAAGAAUCUGAUCAACUUGUCUUUCAAUGCUUUAUUUACGUGACUAUCAAGAUCCCAUACAUUAGUGUUACUGUAAUUUUUUUUAUAAUCGAAUCUAUACAUAGCAGGAUAAAUCUAAUUUACUCACGAUGAAGGUUAUAUAAAUGCAUUCUAAAAUUAAUAUUAUGAAAUUUGUAAUGUUCGUUGCUUAUAUAUAAAAAAUAAAUCUUAGAGCCAAACUAGAUAAGAUGGACGAAUCAGCCCCCAACAACUUGGAAAAAUUAGUUCGAAAUAAGUCUGAAAACCUACGAAAGAAAUUUUUGUAUGAGUCGAACAAAUUGACCAAGUCACUUUUUCAAAACUAUGGGGAGAAGAUUGUCCUAUCUUAUCUGGCUACGAUUUUUAAUUCGUAAUAUUAAAAUACUGACCCUAUUUAGAACAACAAUGUGAUCAUAUAUAUAUAUAUAUGUGUGUUAUUAUUAAUCUAUAAGAUAUUUCAUUUCAAAUAAUGAAUUAUACAAUACAUGAAAAAUUGCAAGGUAGAUUGUAAUUUUUGAUACCUGAUAUAAUUUUUUGGCAUGAAAACAUCUCCUUUAAUUGGAAUAUUAAAUUUACAUUCAAUAAAAAAUUCUGAUGAAAUACUCUUGUGAAAUCAUUCCGU